AAUGUUUUAAUAUACUCCUUAAGAAGAUGCCUAUUACAGACAACUCUGGACCACCUUCGAUCCAUAAGUAAUUCAAAUUCAUUUGAUCCUUAGGGUCUAGGCUUUGUUGAAGCCAAAGGUACUGUUUAAUUUUUCAAAAAAAGUCGACUUGCAGUUGACACUCUAAAGAGAAUUUGGGUAGAAAGUGUGAAAAAUUAAGAAGGCAAACUUUAUUAUCAUGAAUUCGCUACUGCCCUGAGGUUUAUUGCAUAUUGUUAAAAUGGAUUUGAAUUUAAUGAAUAAUUAUUGAACUAAAAUAGACCUGUCCCUCUUCCAGUUUUAGAAGGAAUACAAUAACCAUAAUAAUUACCCUAAUAAACAAUCUCAUAACCAUAAUAGGAAUAGUUCAAUAAUUUUUAGUCACCAUAAAAUUAAUUACCUUAAUCAAAUUACUUUUAAACUCAACCAGUCCUAAAUACUGCUUAAAUUUCACUUCAAUCCUAUGUUGAACCUAAACUAGAUGUUUAAAAGGUAUUUAAAAUUACUAUAAUUUUAGUAUGAUUUACCUGAUGAUUAAUAUAACAGAUAUGAACUAUGCUUUAAUCAAUAAGAUAAAACUAAUUAAGGAUUUAUUAAGGGUGAUUAAGCUUAGCUAUUUUUUUAAAAGUCUUAACUUCCUACUCAAAUUCUGAAUCAACUUUGGAGUCUAGUUGACAUUGGUUAAAAAGGAUACCUUUUUAAGAAUGAAUUUAUAGUAGCUGUUCAUUUAAUAGCUCUUUGUAGAAAGGACAUACCUUUGCCUUAAUCAUUACCUGAAUCCUUACUAUAAUUAAUAAGAAGAGACCAACAGUAAAAUUAAGUUAGAUCGACUUCAUAGACUAUGCCAUAAAUUUCUUCAGGUCUACCUCCAUAACCAUAAAGAGUUGGAUCAUAGAAUGAAAUUCAAGGACUUAAUCAUCAGUCCAAUUACUUAUAGAAUAAACUUUAAAAUUAAACAUAAUAGAUUUAAUUAGCUAACAAUUUAGAUUAAUAAAAAUAAAUUAUAGAAGAUAAGAAAAAAGAUAUUGAAUUUCUUAAUCAAACCAUAUAAAAAUUACAAAGCUUUUAUGAUUAUUUAAAAAAAGAAUAAGAUGAAUUACAAGCUUAAAUAACAUCCUUAAGUGAUUAAUAAACAUAAAAACAACAUUCUAUUAAUAUUUUAUAGGAUAGCAUAUAAAAUUAAUUGUAAGUGAAUUAAAACCUAUAGAAACAAUUGAUUGAUCUUAAAUAAUCUAAUUAGUUGUAAGAGAAUUAGGCACCUACAUUGACAACUUAAUUUUAGACUAUAAAUGUAUUAACUAAUUAUAUUAAAUUAUAGAUUGAAGAUGAUUAUGAUUAUUCCAAUUAUAAAGCUAAGAAAGAUAAAGUAGUUUCUGGAGGUAACCAAAAUACUGAAAACCUUCCUUGGCAUUGAA